UAAACCAAGAAUUUUCCACAAGUUUCCUACCAGGGGAGUGUUCCCACUUGCGCAGGUUCACGGCGGCGCCCCUCUCUAUAACAAAUAAUCAUCGCCUGUUUCGCUAUGUUUUCUUUGUUCAUAUUUCCGACUAAUUAACCCCAAACUCAUCCAUUUUUUGAUUUUUUUUCCAAUUUGGUCCUCUUCCUUCAAUUCUAUGUGCAAAACCAAAAAGGCAACCGACGCGUCGGAACCUCGACCUGUUUUGUCCAGAUCUCAACGAACUCGCCCGAGUCACUCCCCUGGAGCUCAGUCAAGUAGCCUGAGUCAUUCCGCGAUUCCUUCCUCUUCUAAUCCCACCAGCGACCUUUACACUUCCUCUUCAUCGUACACCAAAGCGACGUCAUCUGGGACCGGAACAUCAAUUUCAAGCCGUACUUCACUUUCAAGCCUCCGUGAAUCCCUCCCUGAAAACCCUCACAUCUAUCACGUAAGUGAAAUCAGAGCUGCCACUAACAAUUUCCUAGCCAAACGGUACUCUUCCUCCUCUUCCGCCUCCACCGCCGCUUGUUGGCGUUGCAACCUCCGCGGCCGUGACACCGUUGUUUUCCAGCGCAAGUUCCGCCAUAAAAUUCAAACGUCUCAGCUAAAAGAACGAUUAUCCGUCAUUUGUAGAAGCCAUCACAUGAGCAUAAUUAAACUCCUUGGUGCUUCCGUUUCCGGAGAUCAUAUUUACCUUGUUUAUGAGUUCGUCGAAGGAUCGAAUCUUGUUGAUUGUUUGAGAAACCCUAGAAAUCCAAGCUUUACUGUUCUUUCGAAUUGGAUGUCAAGAAUGCAGAUUGCUACUGAUCUCGCCCACGGCAUUGAUUAUGUUCAUAACAAAACCGGAUUGAAUCUCAGUAUCGUUCAUAAUCACAUUAAAAGCAGCAGCAUUAUCGUUACGGAGCCCUCUUUCAAUGCAAAGAUUUGCCAUUUUGGAACCGCACAGCUUUGCGGCGAAACGGAAGAGGAAGUAGCGGUGGAAACUGAUACCUCGAAACGCGAAACGGAAAUCGAAGAAAUAACGGAAGAAGCUAACGCCUCGAGUUUAAGGAAAUUGAAGAGAUCUGAUAGCGGAGAUAGACAAUUCGAAGGCGUAAGAGGUUACAUGUCACCGGAGUUCAGAUCUAGCGGCGUCGCGACGCAGAAAUCCGAUGUCUUCUCCUUCGGAGUGGUGGUUUUGGAGCUGUUUUCAGGGGAGGAGGCGUUAAAAUACCGGUUCGAUAAAAAGACAGGUAAUUUCGUACGAACGUCUUUGAUGGAUACUGCGGAGGCAGCGACGGCGGAGGGAAGUGAUGGGCUGAGGAGGUGGAUUGAUAGACGGUUGAACGAUUCAUUUCCGGUCGACGUGGCGCAGAAGAUGAUACGUCUAGCGUUGGAUUGCGUACACGUGGAUCCAGAUAAACGGCCAGAUAUGGGACGCGUGGCGGGGAAAAUUUCGAAACUUUACUUGGAAUCUAAAAAGUGGUCGGAUAAUGUAAAUAUUCCGACAGGCAUUUCUGUCUCACUGGCGCCCAGAUGAGAUGAGCUGGAAAAAUGGCGGCUUUCUUAGUUUAAUUUUAAUUUGUAUUUCUUUGUUGAUUUUGAAACAAGUGCAAAAUUACCAAUUUUUUAAUUAUUUUUUCUCCGUAUUCAACAGCAGCAACAAAAAGCCUUUAACAUAA